CCGUAUGCGAUGUUAUUUUUGUUUAGUUAACAAUGUCAACAUUUGACUCGCCUGGAUGUGUUUUUAAAGCGUUAGAAUGGACAUGCCUGUAGACCAAUCAGCUUCCAGAACGAGGUUUGAUUGGCACCACGGUAGCCGUGCUGUGGGGGGAAGGAGGUUGACGACGCCGCCAUCUUGAAAAGUGCCGUCUUGAUGGUGUAGCUAUCUAUAUUUUUUGGCGCCUGUCAGAAUCUGUUGUUAUCGUCAACAGUUUAUUUUUCACCACUAUCUGUAUGUUUGUACUUUUUAAACAUUUUUUUGGUCACACUUUUAUCUUAAAGAGUUCCUCCGGAGCUUCAUGUCGGGAUCUUAAUCACUCUUAAUCGGUGUGUGUUGAGGUGCGUGUCGUCCUUCAGCAUCUCUCUCUCGCUCUCUCUCUCUCGAACCCACAGUGCCUGGAAUGGGCCAGAAGUCCCAAAGAGCUCCAGCGUUAUUUUCUUUUUAAUCAGAAUUUUUUUACCCUCUGAGCUCCGUCACGCUCAGAAGCGCCAUGUUUUGGAAGUUUGACCUGCACACGACCUCUCACAUUGACACGCUCCUGGACAAAGAGGACGUGACCCUGAGGGAAGUGAUGGACGAGGAGGACGUCCUGCAGGAGUGUAAAGCGCAGAACCACAAGCUGGUGGACUUUCUGAUCCGACCUCAUUGCAUGGAGGACCUGGUGGGAUUCAUCACACAGGAGCCCAGCGACAAUGUCGAGGAAAAAAUCAAAUACAAGUACCCAAACAUAUCCUGCGAACUCCUCACGUCAGACGUCGGGCAGAUCAACGACCGGUUAGGGGAGGAUGAGAAUUUACUCAUGAAACUGUACGGGUUCCUGCAGAACGAGCCGCCACUCAACCCUCUGCUUGCCAGCUUCUUCAGUAAAGUAUUGAGCAUCCUCAUUGGGAGAAAGCCGGAGCAGAUUGUGGAGUUCUUGAGAAAGAGAGAAGACUUUGUGGAUCUGAUGAUUAAGCACAUAGGAACCUCAGCCAUCAUGGACCUGCUGCUCAGGAUGCUCACCUGCAUCGAACCUCAGCAGCUCAGACAAGAUGUUUUAAAUUGGCUGAACGAGGAGAAGGUGAUUCAGCGGCUGGUGGACAUGGUACAGCCCUCUCAGGACGAGGAUCGGCACUCAAAUGCGUCUCAGUCACUGUGUGAGAUCAUUCGCCUGAGCAGAGAUCAGAUGUUCCAGGUGCAGGGUUCCUCAGAGCCUGACCCUCUGCUCGCCACACUGGAGAAACAAGAGACUGUAGAGCAGCUGCUGUCCAAUAUCUUUGACAAAGAGAAGAACGAAUCUGCAAUAGUCAGUGUGAUCCAGAUCCUCCUCACACUCUUUGAGACACGGAGACCAGCGUUCGAGGGUCACUUGGAUCUCUGUCCUCCUGGAAUGAACCACCCAUCUUUCUCUGUUAAUCAGAGCAUCCUCGAAGCAGUCAGACCGAGACUGAAAGACUUCCAUCAGCUUCUUCUGGAACCUCCAAAGAAAACAGUGUUAAAGACGACGUGGGGCGUUUUGGACCCACCGGUGGGAAACACGCGCCUCAACGUGGUGAGAUUGGUGGCCAGCCUUCUACAGACUAACACACACCUCAUCAACCAGGAACUCAUCAACCUCAACAUGCUGGGAAUCAUCCUCGAUAUGUAUUUCAAAUACAUUUGGAAUAACUUCCUGCACAUACAAGUAGAAAUCUGUAUAGCGAUGAUAUUAGCGAUGCCUCCGACCCACAACGACUCGGAGAUCAACAGAGACGACGAACAGGAGCCGGUUCGAGAAAACAUCCUCAUCACACACCUGUUUCAGAAGUGUCGGUUGGUACAGAGAAUCCUGGAGGCAUGGAGCUCCAAUGAGAAAGAGCAGGCUGAAGGAGGGCGUAGGAGAGGUUAUAUGGGACAUCUCACCAGAAUUGCUAACUCUAUAGUGCACAACAGUGAUAAGGGGCCGAACGGAGCUCAGAUUCAGCAGCUCAUUGCCGAGCUCCAGGAGGAUGAGCGGGAACGAUGGGAGGCCUUCACCUCAGGACAGUUAGCAGACACAAACAAGAAAAACACUGUAGAUUUAAUUAACACACAUCACAUUCACUCCUCCAGCGACGAUGAGGGUGACUUUAAAGACAGUGGCUUUCACCACGACUCGUCUCUGCAGCAGGCCUUUUCUGAUUAUCAGAUGCAACAAAUGACGUCCAAUUUUAUUGAGCAGUUCGGCUUCAAUGACGAAGAGUUUGCGGAUCAGGACGAUGUGGUGGAUAUUCCCUUUGAUAGAAUAUCAGACAUCAAUUUUUCCUUGAAUACAAAUGAAAGUGCGAACAUGGCUCUGUUUGAGGCGUGCUGUAAGGAGAAGAUCCAGCAGUUUGAGGACACAGGCUCAGAUGAGGAGGACAUCUGGGAUGAGAAGGAUGUGACAUUUGCUCCUGAAGCUCAGAGACGUUCCAGGAGCUCAGGCAGUACAGACAGUGAGGAGAGUACAGACUCUGAGGAGGAGGAUGUAAAGAGAGACCAAUUUGAGGCUUCAAACCCGGCGGGUGAUGACCGUAUGGAGGUGGACAGUGGAGAAGGCCCUGCCUGGACAGCCAAUUUUGAUGACGUUCCCAUGGAAACGGGAGGUUCGUUGGCCCCAUCCACUUCCUCUCCCUCCACAUGGAGCACGCCCACUAACACUGUCGCCACAGAAACUGGCUGGGCCAACUUCUCCAGCUUCACACCAGUCAGCCCCAAAGACCCCCUGAGGAGCAGCUCCCCAGUUGCCAUGGAGACGAGUGCAGAACCUGCAGACCCUCUGGGCGUUAACACAACUGCAGGAACAUCUCAGUGGGACGCGUCUCCACCUGUUCAGUCCAGAGGUUGUGAUGUGGACGAGGAGGCAGUGGUGGACCGCGUCACUGAGACAGUCACUAACGGCUCCAUGAAGGAAACGCUCAGCCUUACUGUAGACGCCAAAACCGAAACUGCUGUGUUCAAGAGAGUGUUGAAAUCCUAUCGUGAGGAGGAGAACACAUCUACCUCUGAAGACACAUCUGCCAAGUACACAGUGAGCAACAGCGAGGGUGAGAGGAAUGAGACAGCGAAUAACUGCCCCAAAUCAGGUGCAAAGCAUGUAGAAGAGAAAACGAAAGCUACAUGUGAGGUUCUCAACGGUCCUCUGGAGAAUGCAGCGGCCAUGGAGGAAGCCAAGACAGAGCAGUGUGCAUCAGAGGUGGCAGUGGUGAACGGCCCGGUGUGAUUGGGCGUGGCGGAUCAGGUGACCAGGACCAGCAAUAUUGAGUUAAACGGAACCUGUACAGAACCUUGGCCUGUAUGAAGAGGAGAUUAAACACCACAAUGAUUUUUUUUUUUUUUUUUCCCUUUUACAUUCGUUUCUACACUUCUUGUUCUUCUCUGAGGUGAUCUGUCCGAUAUCUCGCCACUCAAACGUUAACAGUACUGUUGCUAUAGUUACAAAGGAUUGUAUGAAUAAAAAUAUUUUAUAAAAGAGAAAUGUUAUUACAUAAGCGGAAAACUAAUUGGAACAUGUAGUGUGACCAAAAACACAUAAGCUGAUUAUUAUUAUUAUUAUUAUUAUUAUUUUCUCUUUUUUUAUGAUUUUUUUUUCUUUGGUAUUUAAUUUCCAAGUAAAAGAAGAAAAAAAACAGAACAGUGGCAGCGAUAAAGCAGACAUGUAAAUCUCAUUUUAUUCACAACGAUGAGGAUUUCGGGUUGCAUUUUAAAUCGGGGAACAGUUUAUUUUGUCACAGGUAUUAUAUUGUAAAUGUAUCUAGUGAGAUUUGAGCAGAAAGAAACCUUUUGCUAUAGUUUUUAACUUAUUGAGGCCGUGCUGUAAAUCUUCUUCCCUCUAAAAUGUAAACCCUGAAGCUCAGGUGGAGUCCAGUUGCAUGUAGCGAACGAGUGCGCACACACACACACACACACUUUCUCUCUCUCUCUCUAUCUCUCACUGGUGGCCUGUGGGGGGGAAAAAAAGGAAACGAAUCCUCCACGUUUUUUGUCUGCAAGUGGAUUUUUUUUUUGUACAUGCGAAAGGCCGCGCCGGAGCGAGAUUCCUCACAGCGCUUCAAUCUUGCAUCACCAGGCUCUCUUCUUUUUUUUCUUCUUUUUUUUGUUCAUCUCUCUCUUUUUUUUCCAUCUUUUUUUAAAAUAAAAUGCUAUCUUUACCAGCAA